AUUUUAUAUUCCAGCUGUGUAAACUAUUUUAAGUCGCAAGGACUUUCAAUUACUUUUUGGGGGGCGUCACUAGAUUACUCUUACUACAAUAAACCCUAAUUGCAAAACCCUUCUGCAAAUCCAGUUUCCCCUCACCUCCAUUGUCUCAAUCCUCUAAAUUCAAAAAUGGUUCGGAGCUUGAAGAAUCCCAAAAAGGCAAAACGCAAAAACAAGGGCUCAGGCUCGAAGAAAGACGAAGGAUCAUCAUCAAAUUCGGGGCCGACGAUGCCGGCAAAAGUGUGGCAACCGGGCGUGGACGCAUUGGAGGACGGAGAGGAGCUUCAGUGCGACCUGUCUGCUUACAAUUCUUAUCACGGUUUUCACAUUGGAUGGCCUUGUUUGAGUUUUGAUAUUCUGCGUGAUUCUUUGGGCUUGGUGCGCACUGAGUUUCCACACACCGUCUAUUCCAUUGCAGGAACACAGGCAGAGAAGUCCUCCUGGAACUACAUUGGAAUAUUUAAAAUCUUAAAUGUUUCUGGCAAGAGGCGUGACUUAGUGCCAAAAACAUCAAAAAAUGAAGAUACGGAUAUGGAGAGUGACAGUAGUGAUAGUGAUGAGGAUGAUGAAGAGGAAGGUGGUGGAACUAAGACCCCAGUUCUGCAGGUACGUAAGGUCAGUCAUGAAGGCGGUGUGAACCGGAUUCGUGCUAUGGUACAACAUCCUCAUAUAUGUGCUUCAUGGGCUGAUACUGGCCUUGUUCAGGUGUGGGACUUUAGCUCUCAUUUACAUGCUUUGGGAGAAGCUGACACUGCAACUAAUAAUGGAGGAUCUAUUGUGUUCAAUCAAGCUCCUUUAGUUAAGUUUGCUGGACACAAGGAUGAAGGCUAUGCAAUUGACUGGAGUCCUGUUGUUCCUGGAAGGCUAGUGUCAGGGGACUGCAAGAAUUGUAUUCAUCUUUGGGAACCAGCAUCCGAAUCAACAUGGAAUAUUGACUCUACUCCCUUUGUUGGUCACACUGCUAGCGUUGAAGAUUUACAGUGGAGUCCUACAGAACCAUAUGUCUUCGCCUCAUGCUCGGUUGAUGGAACUAUUGCAAUUUGGGAUACUCGUGUUGGGAAGUCUCCUGCAGUUUCUAUCAAAGCACACAAAGCUGAUGUGAAUGUUAUAACAUGGAAUAGCCUGGCAAGCUGUAUGCUAGCAUCAGGUAGUGAUGAUGGGACGUUUUCCAUCCGAGAUCUAAGAUUACUCAAGGAAGGAGACUCUGUAGUUGCGCACUUUGAGUACCAUAAGCAUCCAAUUACAUCCAUUGAAUGGAGUCCACACGAGGCCUCCACCUUGGCGGUGUCUUCAGCAGACAAUCAACUAACAAUAUGGGACCUGUCCCUUGAGAGAGAUGAAGAAGAGGAGGCCGAGUUCAGAGCCAAGACGAAAGAACAAGUAAACGCCCCCAAUGACUUGCCACCACAACUUCUAUUUGUUCAUCAGGGCCAGAAGGACUUGAAAGAAGUUCAUUGGCACCCCCAGAUACCGGGAAUGCUUAUGUCCACCGCGGGAGAUGGCUUCAACAUCUUAAUGCCUUCAAAUAUUGAAACCCCACUUCCUGCUGAGAGUGCUUGAUCUCUCAGCAUAGUGCGAUUUUGUCAAAUAUCAGGUAAUGGUGUAGUGGUGAAAAGGGUUCUCAGAAUAGUCAAUUUUGAUCUCAAGUUUUUUAGCCUUGUUGUAGUGGUUCUGUUGGAUUUCUCUGUUGUGCUAUGUUUCUGUCUUGAAUAUUCAAUUGUGGGAAUGGAGGUUGAGAUUUGUGAAAGAAGCUCUGCAUAUCCCGCUCCAUUUGUUUAUCCCAAAAAUGCUUGUAGGUGCCCAGAUCGCGACGAGCGUAUUGUUGAAUGAUGAUGGGAAAUGAAUGAUUUUAUUUUGUACGAAUGUAUAGUUGAAUGACGGUAGGAGGGAAAUUGUGAUAAUAAAUUGUCAAAUAUAAUGUCCUUUCAGCA